AAUCUUAAACCGUUAAACCCUCCCGAAUUCUCUGUAAAACCUUGUGUUUCUUUCUGAUCUCUGACUUCACCACUCUCCCUGAGUUGCCAAUUCACUUCAAUUCAAUGUAUCGAUUGGCAGCUAAACUAGCUUCUUCCACCUUAAAGAACAACAACCCCGUGUAUAGGGGGGUGUUGUCAAGAAGAAAUUAUGUGGCCAAAGAUAUCAGCUUCGGGGUCGGGGCUCGUGCUGCUAUAUUGCAGGGUGUCUCUGAAGUUGCUGAGGCUGUCAAAGUUACCAUGGGACCCAAGGGUCGCAAUGUGAUAAUUGAGAAAAGCCACAGGAAUCCGAGGGUCACGAAGGAUGGCGUGACUGUAGCCAAAAGUAUCAGCUUUGAAGAUAAAGCUAAAAAUAUUGGUGCUGGUCUCGUCAAGCAGGUGGCGAAGGCUACCAACACUGCUGCUGGAGACGGUACAACUUGUGCAACUGUUUUGACUCAGGCAAUACUCACAGAAGGUUGCAAAUCUGUUGCUGCUGGAGUAAAUGUCAUGGAUUUGCGUAAUGGAAUAAAUAAGGCAGUUGCUGCUGUAAUUACUGAUUUAAAAAGCAGAGCAGUAAUGAUAAGCACACCUGAAGAGAUAACCCAGGUUGGAACCAUAUCUGCUAAUGGGGAGCGUGAAAUUGGAGAAUUGAUAGCAAGAGCAAUGGAGAAAGUCGGGAAGGAAGGAAUAAUCACUGUUGCUGACGGAAAUACGUUUGAGAACGAGUUGGAAGUGGUAGAAGGAAUGAAGCUAGCUAGAGGCUACAUAUCUCCUUAUUUUAUUACUGAUCAGAAGACCCAGAAAUGUGAAUUGGAGAACCCCUUUAUCCUCAUCCAUGACAAGAAAAUUUCAGACAUAAAUUCACUGUUGAAAAUAUUGGAGCUGGCAGUCACGAAAAAAAGACCACUCCUAGUUGUUGCGGAAGAUGUUGAAAGUGAUGCAUUGGCUAUGCUCAUACUCAACAAGCAUCAUGCUGGGCUUAAGGUUUGUGCCAUAAAAGCUCCUGGCUUUGGGGAUAGCAGAAAAGCAAAUUUAGAUGACCUUGCAAUUCUUACUGGAGGAGAGGUCAUCACGGAAGAUCGCGGUUUUACUCUUGACAAAGUCCAACCAGAAUUGCUUGGCACUGCAAAAAAGGUUACUGUCUCCAUCGAUGACACUAUCAUUCUACAUGGUGGUGGGGAUAAGAAGCUCAUUGAAGAGAGAUGCGAGGAGCUUAGGACAGCUAUGGACAAGAGUUCUGCGACGUUUGAUAAAGAAAAAGCACAAGAACGACUUUCAAAACUCUCUGGUGGUGUUGCUGUUUUCAAAGUUGGGGGGGCUAGUGAGUCAGAAGUCGGGGAAAGGAAAGAUAGAGUGACAGAUGCGUUAAAUGCCACAAGAGCAGCGGUAGAGGAGGGUAUUGUUCCAGGUGGUGGAGUCGCUCUCUUAUAUGCUACCAAAGUCUUGGAGAACCUUGAAACUAAAAACGAGGAUGAGAAAAGAGGAGUACAGAUUAUUCAGAACGCACUUAAGGCUCCUACAGUCACAAUAGCUGCAAAUGCUGGUUUUGAUGGUUCUUUAGUUCAAAACAAAUUGUUGGAACAGGAUGAUCAUAAUUUGGGUUUUGAUGCUGCUAAAGGAACCUAUGUUGAUAUGGUGAAGGCUGGAAUUAUAGAUCCUCUGAAAGUUGUUAGAACAGCUCUGGUAGAUGCUGCCAGUGUGUCAUUGCUACUUACGACCAUGGAGGCAGCUGUGGUGGAGAACCCGAAUAACAAAAAUAAAUCGCCAAGCCCGGUAGCGGAUAUGGAUGAUUUGGACUAUUAACCUGCUUUACCAAAUGAUGAAAGCAAUUUUGUGUAUCAAUAUUAGAGUCUUUUAUCAUUUCUUUUAAGUGGCCAUGGUUGAAAUUAUGAAACCUACUAUGUCUCAUUCUAGUUAUCAUCUUCAAUUGGAUAAAGAUGAUAACUUGCCCCAUUCUUUAGGUAUCAUUCAUCAUCCCAUGUAGCUUGUAUCAAAAUUCAUGUAACAAGGUACAAAAUUAAAAAAAAAUGUUUCUAACCCCGGUUUUUUUCUGCUACGAUUUA